CUAGUCUCGCGUCUGACGUGGCUCGCGGCAAAUGUUCGAUACGUACGAGGGAAAAUCGCGCGGCGCUCAAGUUACGAGAUUACGCGAGGAGAAGUACGCGCGAUCGAGGGGGCCGACUUUCCGCCAAAGUGGAGCGGCUUUUCGAGCGGUAGCGGAAACGAAACCCCGGGGUACUCUGGCAUCAUGAACAUCGAUGAAUUUCGCGUGCGCGGCAAGGAGAUGAUCGAGUACAUAUGCGACUACAUUCGCACGCUGGAGGGCAAGAGGGUGACGGCGAACGUCGAUCCCGGUUACCUGAGACCCAAGCUGCCGAAGGAGGCACCCCCCCAGCCGGAAUCAUGGGACGCCAUCAUGAGGGACGUCGACGACAAAAUAAUGCCCGGAAUCACCCACUGGCAGCAUCCGCGAUUCCACGCCUACUUCCCGUCCGGCAACUCGUUCCCCUCGAUCCUGGGUGACCUGCUGUCGGACGCGAUCGGCUGCAUCGGCUUCUCGUGGGCGGCGAGCCCGGCCUGCACCGAGCUCGAGACCAUCGUGCUGGACUGGUACGCCAAGGCGAUCGACCUGCCAACCGAGUUCCUGUCGGAACAGAAGACCGGCGGCGGCGGCGUGAUCCAGGGUUCGGCCUCCGAGUGCAUUCUGGUGACAAUGCUGGCGGCGCGAACGCAGGCGAUCAAGAUGCUGAAGGAACGGGAGCCCAACAAGGAGGACUCGGCGUUCCUGCCGAGACUGGUGGCCUACUGCUCCACGGAGUCGCACUCGUGCGUGGAGAAGGCGGCGAUGAUAAGCCUGGUGAAACUCCGAGUGCUCGAGCCGGAUGACAAGGCCGCGUUACGCGGCAAUCGGCUCGAAUCCGCCAUCAACGAGGACGUGAGGAAGGGCCUCGUGCCGUUCUACGUCUCCGCCACUCUGGGCACCACCGGCUCCUGCGCCUUCGACAAUCUCGUGGAGAUCGGCCCGGUGUGCAAGUUGUACCCCAACAUCUGGCUACACGUGGACGGCGCUUACGCCGGUAACGCCUUCAUCUGCCCGGAGAUGAGGCCGUUCAUGGCCGGCAUCGAGCACGCCGAUUCCUUCAACACGAAUCCGAACAAGUGGCUGCUGGUGAACUUCGACUGCUCCUGCCUGUGGGUGCGCAAUCGAGUGAAGCUCACGUCAGCGCUGGUCGUCGAUCCGCUUUACCUGCAACACGCUCGCUCGGGCGAGUCGAUCGACUACCGUCACUGGGGUAUCCCGCUCAGCAGACGAUUUCGCGCGCUGAAGCUUUGGUUCGUCAUGAGAUCGUACGGCAUCAGCGGCCUGCAGAAGUACAUUAGGAAUCACAUAAGGCUGGCCAAGAGAUUCGAGACGAACAUGAAGAAGGACAGGCGCUUCGAGAUCCUGAACGACGUGCGGGUCGGCCUGGUGUGCUUCCGAUUGAAGGAGAACGAGGAGAUGAAUCAGGAGCUGCUGGCUAACAUUAACGCGUCCGGCCGGCUGCAUAUGAUACCGGCUCGAGUGAUGGGCAAGUACAUCUUGCGUUUCUGCGUGACGAAGGAGGACGCGACCGAGGAGGACAUCGAUUAUGCCCUCAGCGUGAUCGAGGAGCACGCUACGGAGGUGAUGCUGGCUCACUACGAGGGCACGGAGGACGAGUACAGAGCGAAGGGCCCGAAGAGUCCGGCCGCGCUCGACAAGAAGCUCGUCCGGAAAUUCAGCUUCACCAGGAGCGUCACCAGAGACGUUUACAAGAGAUCCAUCUCCAAGUCCAGCCUGCACGACGGCGCAACGCCGAUCAUGGUCGUCGACGACCACUCGCAGGUCGACGCCAUUGAAGACGAUCGUUUCUGCAACAGCAGGUACUCUUUCUGGCGGCUCUGAACGAAAGCUCGCAAUACUUUUGCGAGAUCCGUCAAUUGAACAUCGAAAAUAUGACUUUAUUUUCAAUUUUAAUUUUGCUCUCUAUUUUAUUUUUACAGACAUAAAUCCUAUUAUUUACGUCUUCCUUCUUGAAUAUGACAGAGGAUAGUAAUUUCUUUUCUUUCCUUUGACUCAAAAACUCGAAGGGCUCCGGGUCAGUUUCUUUCGCUGCCGUAUUGCUUGAUAACGAUGAUUAUCGACGAAAUAUUAAUUUCAGAUCGUGACGAUGUCGAUGACGGUCCCCGGCGCCGACUCGGGACGACGUAGAUGAUAAUAAAAAGGGUCCUCGCUACACGGCCGUGUGAUGCGGAACUCCCAUGGCCCACCGUCGUCAAUUUACUGAUUCCCGAAGUCGCGUUUGUUGAUAAGGACCGACUGUCAUCACCGAUUUACAUCGCCAUGUAAGUGUCAAAUUAUUCGUCUCCGAUCAAGUUCGCUAUAAAAGUGUCACCCAAGACGAUCGCUAGCUCGUUUUAUAGACGAUGAAUUCGGACGUAUAUUAUCUCGAGCACGAGUGAUUCUUCGUGACGACAAAUUGCGUCAAUGGCGCAUGAGAUAUUGAGCCAAGUUUUUUUUGCGAUAGAGCGUGAGAUUUUCAAGCACAUUUUAGACAGUCCGUAAUUCGUAACGGAAUUCGACUUAAAUUUAAUUACGAAAGCACACGUAUAAUGCAAAAAUAUUCAAUUAGCAUAAGCUUUUUUUAUUACGAUCGAGUUUUUACAAGGAUGAAAAUUUUUAUUAAAAUUAUAGGUAGAUUUUUGCCGCGAACAGAAAUUCCGUUAUGAACUGCGGACGGUCUAAAGUGGGUUUUAGAGGCGGCUGCGCGUAUAUAGUUAACGUAGUCGUUUGAUCUAUUUUGGUAUAUACAUAUAUAUGUCUGUAUAAGCGAUAGAAAGAGAGAGAGAGAGAGAGAGAGAGAGAGAGAGCGAGAGCAAGAGAGAGAGAUGAAUCGAUGUACAUAUGUAAUACGUGAUAAUGACUGCCGAUGUACGCACGGACUCUAAUAGUUUUAUAAAAAAAAAAACGCUAGUGAAUAAUUAAAGUGUAUCGAUCUCAAUAGAUUUACAAGUGAAUUAAUAGCAAACGAUUACACCCAGUGUACCGGAUGUAUCAGGAUUUUAUUUUUUUUUGCGUACUAUAAUCAAAAAUGUAAAGAGAGAUGUGUCAAUGUUAACACAUCAACAUUACGUUACAUUUAGAAGGUACUUCAGUUUAGGAUACAAAAUUUCGAUCUUAAUUAGAAAAGAAUUAAUCAAUUAAUGAAGACAUAAUUGCUUAAUAUAGUGUCAAUAUUGGUUAAAAAUUACGUUAUGAUAAAUAAUGUGUGAUAUCCGAUAAUCCAUAAAAAAAAAAAAAUCCAAAAUUAUAAAAUAAUUAACUGAAAAGUCUAGAAUAUAUCUUUUCAGACACUAUAAUAGUGAAGUAAAAUUGUGUACUAGACCUUCAGACACGUGGAUAUAGUGGACGACAUUAAAUCGUAACAAUUGAACGUUUGUCUUCGACUACGUGCUUCGAUUUGUAAAAAUCAAUUUCAAUACGUACAAAGGUAAUGCAGAAGAAUUACCCAAUAAUACUAGAAUUUUACGAACAUGAUAAGUAGAAUGAUUAUGAAGUAUUUAUUUCAUAUGUACAGAUGUUAUAAUAAAAUUAAAGUUCGUAAAAUUAACCGAAUUUUCUUUCAUCCCUUCAACUCCAUUUCAUUGCAGCAUUUCUUUUUGUAAUAAAAUUCUUUUUUUAGCCAAAUUAAUCAUAUUGAAUUGUUGGAGAACAAACUCGCGUUUUUAGCAAGUGAAAUGAUAAAUAGAAUUUAUCCUGAAUUCUAGCACGAAUAAGUCGUCAAAUAAGUUUUGUUUUACUACGUAUAAAUUUAUAUUAAAUGUAACUUUCUAAAUGUAAAAAUAAAAUAUUAUUUAAUUUGAUUCUUUAAUUAUAUACUGCAUUAUUUUUCUUCAUUAUAUUUCUCUCACUCUAUUCUAGAUACAUUUCUAAUAAAAGUAAAAACAACUUAAAAAAAAUUCAAUCAUAUAUUUAUCACUUAUAAAUCUUAUAUGAAUCAGGGAAAUUUACUCAGAAAUAUGGAAAGAUGAGAGAAAUUAAUGCAAUAUAUAAUAAUUUUAUAAAUCAAAUGUUUCUAAGCUUCUUGAAAUAUAUAUGUAAUUGUUAUUGU